AUGAAGAACAAUGAGCGUCUUGCUAAUUUAGCUCUGGCAGUCUGGUAUCUGUUUUAUAGAGACCGUUAUGACGAAAUUCCAAAUGCUGCCACAAAUCUGCUGUGUGAUGCUGUUAGGUUUCUGCACCAGCACCACGACUAUGUUACUCUGAUGGAGGGCUUGAUGAGCACUGGGAUCAAAUUGAAACCAGUUCACUCUUUUGGUAGAAGGGAACAAAACUUGCUAACUCUUCCUUCAUUGGCCGCACGAGUUACAGGGAGAGUCCCAAUUAGUCAAAUUGAGGUCUUGAGAACUUCCAGAUCAUUUAAUCCAGUCGCUUCUUCUGUUCAACCAUUGGGGGCCACAGCAAUGGGCCAUUUUGAUAACACCUUACCUUCCAAAGUGUCUUGUGUGGCAUUGCCUUCUGUACAAGUGGUUCUUGAUGUCUGGAGAAAUGCCAAUGCUGUAUGCUUUGAUGUGGAUAGCACAGUGUGCUUGGACGAGGGGAUUGAUGAGCUGGCAGAAUUUUGUGGAGCUGGAGAGGCUGUUGCAGAAUGGACUGCCAGGGCAAUGAGUGGUUCUGUUCCUUUUGAGAAAGCAUUGGCUGCCAGGCUCUCCCUUUUUAACCCAUCGUUGUCCCAAUUGCAGGAGUUUCUUGAAAAGCGACCUCCA